GACAAAUUGGACUGCGCUGAUUGGUUGACAAUAACUAGCUUUUCUAUUUAUCGAGGCUAUCAGCUGUAGGUCUUUUGUUAUAAAGGGCAGCCGACAGAAUAAUGCCGAACAUGAAGUCCGUCACUUAACAGGGAGCUGCUUUCAGGGGGUGUACAAGUCACUGCCGGGUGCCUAACAGGUGGGUUAAGUAGGGAGGCGCUGCCCACAGAAGAGGGAGACAGAGGAUGGCCGAGGGUCCGAGGAAGCGGGGCAGCAGCUGUAGCGGCGGGUGCAGUCACUCUGAGCCCGCAGACACACAGCCGGGAGCGGGGAAAGAUGAAGAAGGCUGCAUCGUGGCUCUGAAAAAAGAGAUCGGCUUGGUCAGCGCCUGUGCCAUCAUAAUCGGCAACAUCAUUGGAUCAGGGAUCUUUGUGAGUCCUAAAGGGGUCCUGGAGAACGCUAGCUCGGUGGGCGUGGCCAUCAUCGUAUGGGUUACCACCGGAGUUAUCACGGCCAUCGGGGCCCUCUGCUACGCCGAGCUAGGGGUGACCAUCCCCAAGUCGGGGGGAGACUACUCCUACGUCAAGGUCAUCUUUGGAGACCUGGUUGGGUUCCUGCGGCUGUGGAUCGCUCUGCUGGUUAUGUACCCCACUAACCAGGCUGUGAUCGCUCUCACCUUCUCUAACUACAUCCUGCAGCCUCUCUUCCCCUCUUGCCUCCCCCCAGACAGCAGCCUCCGCCUGCUGGCUGCCGUUUGCCUGUUGUUGUUGACAUGGGUAAACUGCUACAGUGUGCGCUGGGCCACACGUGUCCAAGACAUCUUCACCGCUGGCAAGCUUUUGGCCCUGGCUCUCAUCAUAAUCAUGGGAAUUGUCCAAAUAUGCAAAGGUCACUAUUACUGGUUGGAACCGGAACACGCCUUCGAGACGUUCAAAGACUACAGUGUGGGUCAGAUAGCUCUGUCCUUCCUACAAGGAUCCUUCGCUUAUGGAGGCUGGAACUUCCUCAACUACGUCACAGAGGAGUUGGUUGACCCGUACAGGAAUCUCCCUCUUGCGAUCUUCAUCUCUAUCCCCAUCGUCACCUUCGUCUACGUGUUUGCCAACAUAGCCUACAUCACCGCCAUGAGCCCGCAGGAGCUGCUGGCCUCCAACACUGUGGCAGUGACUUUUGGAGAGAAGUUGCUCGGUGUUAUGUCAUGGAUCAUGCCCAUCUCUGUGGCGCUCUCCACAUUCGGGGGGGUCAACGGCUCCCUCUUCACAUCGUCGCGGCUGUUUUUCGCCGGAGCGAGGGAAGGCCAUCUCCCACGUCUGCUGGCCAUGAUUCACGUCAAACGCUGCACCCCCAUCCCUGCCUUAGUCUUCACUUUGAUAUCCACUCUAGUGAUGUUGAGCACCAGUGACAUUUACACCCUCAUAAACUACGUGGGCUUCCUCAACUACUUAUUCUAUGGCAUCACCGUCGCUGGGCAGAUUGUCCUGCGCUUUAAAGAGCCCAACAGGUAUCGACCCAUCAAGGUGAGCCUGAUAUGGCCGGUGAUCUACCUGCUGUUCUGGGCCUUCAUGCUGGCCUUCUCCUUCUACUCUGAGCCUUUGGUCUGUGGAAUCGGUCUGGCUAUCAUGAUGACCGGCAUCCCUGUCUACUUACUGGGAGUCUGCUGGAAAAAGAAGCCACAGUGUGUUGAUAGUUGGAUGGGUAAAGUUACUCAUCUGUGCCAAAAGCUUUGUUCGGUGGUCUAUCCGGACAUGGGGGACAACGUGGAGCCCCAAGGGUCUCCAAACAAAGAUGGAGAUAAGGAAGAUGGAGGAAGCCCUCUGCCAGCUGAAUCUUGAUAAUAUGCAAAAACAAUACCCAACAAUGCCUCAGGAGGGGCAAAAAGGCACUUGGGGAAAGACUCUUGGAAAGAAGAUCAUUAUGCAAUUGUUGUUCCAGACAUUGGGACGGGCACAGAUGCGUUGUUGAAAAGUCACUGAUGUUUAACUUGUGAAACACUGAACAUGAAAUUAUGACAUUUUUUUCACAUUGGAUUUAAAAUGUUGUAUUUAUUUGGUAUUCGAGGUUGGGAGACUAUCGGAAAAUAUUUUAAUAUGCAAGUUGUUUGUAUUGUCAAAAUCUGUGUUUAUUAUCACCUCACUAUUGUAACACUAAAAUUAGAUUUUCCAGGUGGAAUAAUGGGUUUUAUUCACAUUGGAGUACAUAUUGUUAUAUGGAAAAGUAUUUAAAUAAUUCAUUUAAAUGUUCCCUUUUGAAUUCGUACAGAGGUUUGGCUUUUUGAACUCAACAUUAUUAUUUUCCUUGACCAUGCACCUUUUCCUAAAAAAGGAAAACGUGUCCAAUUGGGCACUGAGUGGAAAGAACAGAAACGGCUAUUUCCAAUUUUCUUAAUUUAUAAAUUAACAGAAGCUUUUGCUUGAAAAUAAAAUAUUACUAUAAGUAACCCAAUGCAUAUUAAGCAUGUGGUUAACGUAA